AUGUCUAAUUCUGGUGAUAAUAUGGAAGUAGAUGAUAUCGAGCAAGAAGAUACGCCCUACAAAAUUAAGGAAAGUGCUACAUUUAAAGGAAAACAGAGCGCUGCAAAUCUACCAGUUGAAGCAGAGGAUAGUCUGCCAUGGGUCGAAAAAUAUCGCCCGGAUUCUUUGGAAGAUGUGUCUGGUCAUCAAGAUAUAUUGGCUACAAUCAACAAAUUCGUAGAUACUAAUAGACUACCUCAUCUCCUCUUUUACGGUCCUCCAGGAACUGGAAAGACAUCCACUAUACUAGCUCUCUCAAGGCAGAUUUAUGGCGAGUCAAAUGUGCGUCAAAUGGUUCUCGAGUUAAACGCCUCGGACGACCGAGGCAUAGAAGUGGUACGGGAGCAAAUCAAAACCUUCGCCAGCACGAAACAGAUAUUUAGGAUGAACCCCAAGUCUAGUGGCUCUAAAGUUAUGGCGUCAUACAAGCUCAUCAUCCUAGAUGAAGCUGAUGCGAUGACCUCAAGUGCACAGAUGGCGCUGAGGCGUAUCAUGGAAAAAUACACUGCAAAUACUCGAUUUUGUAUUAUUGCCAACUACACGCACAAGUUAAGCCCGGCGUUGUUAAGUCGAUGUACACGGUUUAGAUUUAGUCCCUUGAAAGAGAAAGAUAUCAAGACAUUGGUUGACAAGGUUAUUUUUGAAGAAAAAGUUAACAUAGAUGACGAGGCUACAGAGGCGUUAAUAAAGUUAAGUAAAGGCGAUAUGCGACGUGCUCUAAAUGUACUUCAGGCUUGUCACGCUAGCAGUACACCUAUAUUUAUAAAAGGCGAACCCAAGAUUCCAGAAAAAGAUAUACAGCGCGAUUUGAUUACUGAAACUACGAUUUAUGAGUGUAUCGCCUCUCCACAUCCAUCUGAUAUAACCAAAAUUCUCAAUACGCUUUUAACUACUCCGGAUGUCAUAUCCUGUUUGAAAACUAUCAACUACUUAAAAACUAUGCAGGGCUUAGCUCUGGCAGAUAUAAUCACCGCUCUGAGCGAGAAAAUAGUCAGAUUAGAUGUCCCAGCACCAGUCAUGAUUUCAUGGCUUGAGGGACUAGCAGAUGUAGAGUACAGACUUAGUGGUGGAGGCGGAGAAGUUGUACAAACGGGUGCUGUAGUGGGGGUCAUCCGGAGUGGCACGGAGUUGAUGGAUGAUAUUCCCAAGACCUAA